AUGAAUAACUGUGUUUUAUCUUCAUCAUAUGAUUUAUGUGAAUGGAGAACCAGUGUUUGUAUGAAAUGUAUAGAUGGAUAUCAGUUUGAUGAGUCUUCAGGUAAUUGCAAACCGUGCCCAUCAAAUUGUUUAGUUUGUGAUAAUAAUACAUGUAUACUAUGUGAAAAAAACACUACAUGGGAUGGGAUUUCUUGUAUUAAUUCGAGUUCGGUUGAGUUAUACAUUUAUGGAAAACAAUCAAAAUGUCAAAACGGAUAUAUAUCCAUUGAAGGAAUCUGUCAAAAUUGCUCUGAACGUUAUAGUCAUUGUUUGUCAUGUGACGAACAGAUAUGUCAUCUUUGUAAAGAAGGUUAUGUUAUUCUUUCAAAUGGUCAAUGUAUUUCUAAAGAACAAUAUCAUUGUUUAGAAACAACAAACAAGUCACAGUGUUACCAUUGUGAAGAAGGAUUUUAUUUAACCAAAGACCAAUGUACAAAAUGUGUUGAUGGGUGUUCUUAUUGUUUAGAUGGAAAUACAUGUGAAAAAUGUUUAUCUGAAUUUAUUUCAGUUGGAGGAUUAUGUGAGAAAAUAACAACAGAAGUGAUGAAACAAACUCAUUGUGUAGAAUAUCAAAAUGGACAUUGUUCACUUUGUGAAACAAAAUAUUAUUUAGAUGAAUCAAUGAAAUGUGUUAAUUGUCCAGCUAAUUGUACUUCUUGUACUUCACAAGGGUGUAUCAGUUGUGAUCAAGGAUAUAUUGUUCAAUCUUAUUCGUGUAUAUAUUCCAAUCAAACCCAUUGUUUGAUACCAUUUUUCAAUGACGCAGGUUGUGUUAUAUGUGAAGAUGGUUAUUUUAUUAAUAAAACAACCUGUUCAAGUUGUAAGAUAUUUGGGGAAUGUGCUCAGUGUUCUUUUUCUGGGUGUACUAGUUGUAAUGAAGGGUAUUAUCUUCAUGGAGUGAAAUGUUCUCCAAUUUCAGAACUUGAACAUUGUUUAAAAGUUGACUAUACUGUUGGGUGUAUUUUAUGUGAAAAUGGAUAUAGAAUUACUCAAGAUUCUCAUUGUACAAAAUGUGAAGCUGAUUGUGAACAUUGUACUUCUAUACAAUGUAUUAAAUGUAUUAAAGGAUAUGUUUUAAAUAUAAAUGAUAAACAAAAAUGUGUUUCUAUUUCAACAAUUGAACAUUGUAUUGCAUCAGAUGGUCAAGUAUGUACCAAGUGUUCAUUCUUUUAUCAUAUUAAAAACAAUGUUUGUACAGUUAAUAUCAUUGCAGUCAUACUUAUUAGUUUGAUUAUAUUUAUAUCAGUUUCAGCAAUAUUAUUGGGUAUAAUCAUAUAUACUGGUAUUGCAAUUAAUAAAUAUAAAAAAAGUGAUUUACCAAGUGGAUAUAUUAACAUUGACUCUGGAUUAAAUAUUUUUGCAAUAAGAUAUUCUAACAUUCAUUUUAAUAAAUUUAAUAAUUACUCUCCAUUAGUAUUUGAUAGGCAAUCACUUUUAUUUGAUGAAGGUCCUGACAGAUUACCCGUAGGUGUAGAAUCAAGAACUAUAUUGUGUGUUGGUAAUGAUUCAAAGAAUAAAGUUUUUGUACAAUUUACUUACAUUGAAACACAAUACCCUAAAUAUUCGUUAAGAAUAGUUCCACAAACUAUAUGUCUUCCUGAAGGAGAAGCAUGUGAAGUUGAAAUUUAUAUUACACCAUUAUGUUCAGGAACUAUGAAUGAUUCAAUUGUUAUUAUUUCUAAUUCUUCACAUAAAAAGUAUAAAAUGAAUGAUAUUAUUUCAUUCAGUUAUACAACACAAAUGUCAACUCAUAUUGAUUAUGAUGAAUUAAUAGAAGAAAAGAAAAUAGGAGAAGGUUCAUUUGGAAUUGUUUAUCUUGGAACAUUUAGAGGAAAUAAAGUUGCAAUUAAAAAAUUAAAACAAUUACAAUGUGAAGAAGAUGAAUUAGAAGAAUUUGAAAAAGAAAUUGAUAUGUUAGAUAAGUUUAGAUCAGAUUAUAUUGUUUAUUUCUAUGGGGCUGUAUUUAUUCCAAGUAAAAUUUGUAUUGUUACUGAAUUUGCUAGGUAUGGAUCAUUACGAGAUUUAAUGAAAAAUAAAAACUUAAAUUUGAAACCUCGAUUAAAGAUCAAGUUUAUGAUAGAUGCUGCAAAAGGUAUUCAAUAUCUCCAUUCAAAUGGAAUUCUUCAUCGUGAUAUUAAACCAGAUAAUAUUUUAAUAUUUUCUUUAGAUGAAGAUGUUACUGUUAAUACAAAGUUAACCGACUUUGGAUCUUCAAGGAAUUUUAAUUUAUUAUUAACAAACAUAACCUUUACAAAAUCAGUAGGAACACCUACUUAUAUGGCUCCAGAAAUUUUAUGUCAAGCAAAAUAUGGAACUCCUGUUGAUAUAUUUUCUUUUUCUAUUGUAUUAUAUGAAAUAUGGAAAUGGGAUAAGGCAUAUCCAACUGAAGAAUUUAAAUUCCCAUGGAAAAUUGCUGAUUUUAUUUCUGAUGGAAAAAGGUUAUUACAACCUGAAAAUAUGCCAGAUUGGUAUUAUAUUCUUAUUUGUAAAUGUUGGCAAAAUAAUCCACAAGAAAGAUUGACUAUAAAUGAAGUAAUGAAUGUAUUAAAUUUUGCUUUUAAUACACUCUUCAGUGAAGAUUAA